AUGGGUAUUGACAUCUGUCACAAGUAUGACAGGAAGGUCCGUAGGACCGAGCCGAGAAGUGAGGAUAUCUAUCUACGACUUUUGGUGAAGUUGUACCGCUUUCUGGCAAGACGCACCAAUUCCACCUUCAACAAGGUCGUCCUGAAAAGACUGUUUAUGAGCAGGACAAACCGCCCUCCUCUGUCGGUGUCCAAGCUGGUCCGUUUAAUGAAGAAGCCAGGCCGUGAAGACAAGAUUGCUGUGGUAGUUGGAACAAUCACUGAUGACAUCCGCAUCCAUGCACUGCCAAAACUUAAGAUAUGUGCCCUGCGUAUCACUGAUCGUGCACGUGGCCGCAUUCUGAAAGCUGGAGGCGAGAUUCUGACCUUUGACCAACUUGCUCUGCUUGCUCCCAAGGGACAGAAAACUGUCUUGGUUCAAGGUCCACGUAAGGCUCGCAAAGCCUUCAAGCACUUUGGAUUGGCUCCGGGUGUGCCCCACAGCCACACUAAGCCUAUUGUUCGCUCCAAGGGUCGCAAGUUUGAGAGAGCCCGUGGUCGCAGAAAGAGCAGAGGAUACAAGGCAUAA